CACAGCGGUCCUGCCUCCACCUCUCGUCCAUCGCAGGACAGCAGGACGCUUUUAAAUGAACACGGUGGCCGUUAAACACCGUUAACCGAGCGGACAGCACACAGAGUCCAUUUUAAGACUCUCCGUUUGAAUAAUGGCCCAACUGCGGGCCUGCUUGCAGCCUGACAACGUCGUCCGCUAAUCGGAUAGUGCGACGGACUUUGAGUGACUGCGGGCAGCACCGAGCUAACGUUACGCAGCUGUCGGUAACCGAAGCUAACCGGCUAUCUACCGUUAGCUGAAGCGGCUCAACACAUGAUACUGGCGCACGGUGUCCAGGGACAGACCUCCACACACGGCGACAGGACUCCCGGAAUAACCCCCGUACCGCUGAAAUGGACAAAGAAGAGGCAGACCGACUGAUAGAGAAGGCGAAGCUGUGUUUACGGUCCGGACGGAAGGAUCGGGCGUUGCAGCUGCUAUAUGAAGCGCAGAAUAUUUACCCCAGCACCCGGGCCAGAGUGCUGAUAGAUGCCAUACUAAGGAAUGGAAGCAGUGCUGCUCCACAGACAAACCACGUGCCCCCGCCAACCGGCUGGAGAGACAAGGACACAGGAAACAACGAAACGAGUAAUCCAAGCGGUGAUGAAAAGAAGAGCUACACUGAGGAUCAACGCCAGGGUGUUCUCAGGAUAAAGAAUUGCAAGGACUUCUAUGAAAUCCUUGGUGUUAACAAAAAUGCUAGCGAUGAAGAUUUGAAGAAGGCGUACAGGAAGUUGGCCCUGAAGUUUCACCCUGACAAGAAUUUCGCUCCAGGAGCCACAGAUGCUUUCAAAGCAAUAGGCAAUGCAUACGCGGUGCUGAGCAAUCCAGAGAAGAGGCAGCAGUAUGAUCAGUAUGGAGAUCAGUCUACAGCUUUGAAUGCACCCCAGCACUCCACCCACAGUCGCCACGGACACUACCGAAGCUUCCACAGAGACUUUGAGGCCGACAUUUCCCCAGAGGAACUCUUCAACAUUUUCUUUGGAGGACGGUUCCCCACAGGAAACAUCCAUGUGUACACCAACCAGGGAGCCUCCUACUCUCAGUUUUAUCAGCCUCGUCGUCGACGUGCUUAUGAAAGGCGCGAGGAGGUGGUGGUGGAGGACAACCAGAGUCAGAACACCUUCACAGCGCUUCUGCAGCUUCUUCCCGUGUUGGUGCUAAUCCUCAUAUCAGUGUUUACACAGAUGAUGGCCACUAACCCGCCCUACAGUCUCUUCUAUAAGCCGGCCAUGGGGCUGGUGGUAUCCAGGGAAACGCAGCACAUGGGCGUACCAUACUAUGUCGAUAAAAGUUUUGAAAAGGAAUAUCGUGGAGCUGCAUUGGACGAAUUAGAGAAAACCAUAGAGAGCGACUAUAUUGAACACUUGCAGAGUAGCUGCUGGAAAGAGAAACAGCAAAAGUCGGACUUGGCAAACCUCGGACAGCUGUACCGAGAUGAACGGUUAAAGCAGAAGGCCGAGUCGAUGAGGCUGGACAACUGUGAGAAACUGCAUCGAUUGGUCGGGCGUCAGAGAGGCAAAUGAGGACACGGAGGAGAACAUGUUUCUUUACAGACUUUCCAAUAACGCAUUUUAGUGAAGUGUGUAAUUUAUCUAAUCCAGCCACUUUGUAAUGAAAUCUCUUUGGGUACAGCGCAGUCGGUGGGAGAUUAUGCCACUGGAAACAAUGUGCCUUCUCUCCUCUUUGAUGGUAGAAAAUAAGAGUUGCAUGUUAGCUGCCAACCCUGGCUGUGGUGGCAGGAGCAUCAAGUGCAAACUCACUGUGGCAGUGCGUAUGAUGUCUUUGAGCCUUUAAACUUUCUUAUAGAAAUGGCAUGACAUAUGGGGGUCUCCCUUCGGGGUCGUGAAGGCAGUUGUAUGUUCACACAUACAUGUUUUAUCCAUUUAGGUUUUGUAGUUAACCUCUAUUGAUUUUUUGGAUGUUUUUGUGUCCUUGCUGAAAUUUUAGGUGUAUUUAUUUAGUAGUUAAUAGAGUGAAUGUGGCGUGAGCAUCUUGGCUCAUUAUUUUCUGUAGGAAAUAUUGAGAUCAGUGACUUAAAUAAUACUGUAGUCUUUGGACAAUUCUGAGAUGGUCUGUACUGUGAAAUUUAAAAGGACCUUUUUAUUUGUGAGUAAAACAGACAAAUCAGACAACUGGACCUCCAGCACUAUCACAAUAGGAGGCACUGUAGAGUAAAAUUUUGCAAAAUAUGACCACUCUUUCCUGAUUAAUAUUCUUAUCAUAAAAGGUUGUACUUGCCAAAAAAAAAAGAGCUGAAUCCCACCGCAGAGCUUCCAGCUCCCUGCACUACUGCUGUUUGUUGCUUUAUUUAUUUACCUUCUGCUAUCCAGGAGCCAGUCUUUUAGCUGCUGGUUUAAACUUAAAAAUGACUGUUGUUCUUUGUUAUAAGAGGUCUGAAGAGGUCACUUUGAUUUGUCACAUGGAGCUCAGUUUACCCAAAAAGUCCCUUCACAUCCUCACAGUGUUCCUGCUAGAUAUCAGAAGCUCCAUUGUGAACAGUAUGUAAAAGCAUAUGGUGGUUUAAAUGGCAUGCAAUACUUUGUUUUCAGAGAAUUUGUUUUCAGUCCAAAUUUCUAGAUGUUUUAUAAAUCCUACACCUUUUAUUUAUACAGAUCUUUUAUCAAGAAGACACAUUUUAAUUUGGAAAUCUACAUUUAUGUGGGCAUAAACCUCUUUCUCCUUGGAACCAGAUUUGUGAUUUUUACUUGUCAUGUUCUUGUCAGGUUUGGUCAUCAUAAAUAGGGAACUUUGUGAAGUUAACUUUAAUUUUUUAUACCAACCCCAAAUCUUUAAAACCCUAUACAGACUAAUACAUGUUGCUGUGCACUAAGACUGCCAAACUGCCUUAGCUGUUCUCAUACUUAUAAAUAUUCAGGUUCAUUUCAAGCACUUUUGAGUUAAUAUUUACUCCUGUGUUCCAUAUUGUUACUGUUGCAUGCACGGUAGUGAGAGUGUUUUCUUAGUUACAUAUUCAUUUUUGGCAGACGCGUCUUCAUGACUACUGACACUACAAAUGUUAAUAAAUGGAAAAUAUUCAGGUCCACACUGUAAGUCACAAACAUGUAAAUCCUUUACUGUGAUACACACAAGUCAGGUUUUGUUAACAAUCGUUGUGGAAGUAACAUUGCAGUUGAGUUGACUUGAGUAACACUGCAGAAAUAAGCUUUCAGCCAAAAAUAUCAGAAAAUUAAAGAUGUAACCAGAACGUA